AAACUGAGAGCUGAUAGGUCACGUGAGCAUCAUUCUGAUGCGAUUUGAAUGUGUUCUAUAUGUGAACGCGCAUAACGGUUCCAGUAACGGCUGCGGUAGACGAUGGUCAUUAAAUGGUUGAUGAUUUGAUUUGUUCAUGAUGGAUGUGGAGUUUGACAAUUCUCUUCUCAGAGUCCAUGUAAACUACAAUAACUUUCCGGCUAAGUUGUGGCGUUUGAUAAACGAUCCCCAAAAUGACUCGGUCUUCUGGAGCCCAAAUGGAGAGAGUGUGAUGGUGGACCAGCAGCGGUUCGAGGACGAGCUGCUGUCACCGGUCAAACAAGACGCUAAACUGUUCAAGACCACUAACUUCACCAGCUUCAUCCGCCAGCUCAACCUCUACGGUUUCCGGAAGGUUUACGACCGGUCCUUCAAGGACAGACGCCGAAACCUGCACCACUUCCACAGUCCCUUCUUCAAACAGGGUCAGCCAGAGCUUCUGGUCCACAUGAAGAGGCUGACCAUCAGUAACAAGGCCAAGAUGCAGGCCGGAGAGGAGGUGACCUGUCGCCCUCCGCGCAGAAACCAUCAGCAGGCUCAACACAACACCACUGAUGCAAAGAGAGGUUUUGCAGAGCCAAAUCAGCACUUUGGUUCUGUGUCCCAUCAGCAGAUGGGGUCGGACCGAAGCCCAAUCCCUCCGCGCUCCUGGAUCGUUCCUUACAGUGAUGUGCCUCCCUUCUACUCUAACAAAGGCAUCCCGGUAUCUGUAAUCCGCCUGAAUCCGUACAACACUCCUCACAGGAUCCAGUCCGGCCCUGGUCCUCUGUUUCCACAGGAGCCUAAAUAUAUUCCUCAUCAGCUGUCCUAUCCUCCUGGAUUUUACUCACCAGUAGUCUGUCAGUGUUGCACUGCUGGUUUUAUUGAAGCAGAUCGAGCAGGUGCAGAUCAAACAGCUCUACCAUAUUCACAUUAUGCUUAUUACCAGCAAAACUAUUCAGUGAGCCACCAUCACAACAGCAUCCAAACAGCAAACUGGCCUGCACACAUUACACCUGAGUCUCAGCGGGGCGACGUGAACCUUGACAGGGUGUUCCAGAUGGUGGAUGAGUUCCAGGACUUGCCCAAUGUCCACGUAGUCCGAGUGGGCACCCCUGUGAACGGCCAGCACACCUCCAGCCCGUCUCUCUAUACUCUACCUGCUGCCUCUAAACCUGAACCUGCCAGUCCUCAGACUGCGGCAUCCAGUCCUGUGAGAGACCAGCCUCAGUACAUCAAACUGGAGUCUGAGGGACAUGAUGCUGAGAAGCAAGGAGCCAGCCAACUCAAAGAAGAUGAUUCAGCAUCCCUGGAGACCUCAGAAAAGGUCAAAAGCCGCUGGUAUCGUCUUAGUUGUUCUUUAAGUGCUUCUACAGAUCAGAAAGGGACUCAGGAAAGCUUUAGAAACUGACAGCAGAGCAAGACUCUACAGCUAUUCUAGAUGACUGGCAGGAUUCAUCAGCAUAUGCAGAUAACAAGCAUCACAAAGCUAUUAAUUAUUUAAUUAUUAACUUAAGUAUUAUUAUUAAUUAUAUAAUUUAUUUACAAUAUUUUAAAAAUACUGAAACUUUUGGAGACUUGUAGAAGUUUUAAUUUAAUAUUGCUUGCCAUUUAUUUUUAUUUUAUUUUAGUUGUUUUCUCACAGAGUUUCUGCCUUUAAUGGUAUUUAUGCUAAAUAUACACACUUUAAAUAUCUACAGUGAAUGUGAUAUUAUUUAUCUUAUUUAUUUUUAUAUUAUUUAUCUUAUAUCCUAUAUAUUUCAGUAUUCAUAAGCAUCAGUAUAUAUAUAUAUAUAUAUUUUAAAUGUAGCACAAGAGUGAAAGUCAGAUUUUAAUAGCAUUGAAUGAACUGAUUUGUUUUCAGCUUUUCUGAAUUUGAAUAAAUGCAAAGCAAGUGAUAA